GCCCAGGCACUUGUCCGAGCAGCAGCAGCGUUGUACGCAGGUUCGCAAUCCGACUUAGCGGAGAGGAAGGGACCCACAGAGAGAGACAGAGGGAGAGAGGGAGAGCGCGGCAGACUCGGGCAGAGAUCUUAUCUUCGUAACCGGCUUGCAUCAAUCGCCAAUCUAUCCAUCCAUCCAUCCAUCAAUCCAUCCAUCUAUCAAUCAAUCAAUCCAGCAAGGAAGAUCAUGAUGGCUUCUGGUUCUUCGUCUGCCCGGUUCAUUCUCAUUGCUGUGGUGAUGUCAGCGUUGGCUAUCCAGUGGCAAUCAUCUUUCACCAUGGCUUGGUGCCCUUCUGUUGGAGACCGGUGUGGCCUCUUAGACCAUUGCUGUGAUAAAGAUGCGGCUGGAAAUUGGUUAACAUGUCCUGUAUUCGGCUUAUAUUGCGAAAUAUUGUGUAAGGCUGGGACCCGUCCUUGUCCAGGUUUAUAUCCUGGACUGAUAGGUUGCUGCCCAGGGGACCUGCUGGCAGUCGAAGCGGGAGCCCACACCAACUUGGCCACCACCACCACUGACAGCUCCUAGCGGGUGGGGCCCACCCCACCCCGAAAAAAAAAAGAUAUGUCCUCAGAUAUUACCAGUGCACUAUCUAUCGCGAGGACCGUGCGCUUUCUCUUACCCCUGAAGAAGACCGAUACUGGCGAAUGCGGUCGGGUAGCGUCGCCAGUUCAUGCUUUCGUUGGAAAUUCUUUACGCCAUGACAUGAUUGCGCUCGGGGAAAUCCUACGUGUCUGUUCUAUUUUUUUCGUCCGUCCCUGCCUUUAUCUCGCUCGUCUGGUCAAAAAAAAAAAAAAGAAAGAAGAUCUCGUCUGGUCUAUCACUUGGCAAUUCGUUUGUCUGCGUGCUGUGCUUUGAUUUCUUAUCACUAGUACCCAUUGCAAGGAAAAAAAGUGCAUUGCCCCUGGGGAGAGAGAUCGACUACGGCACGCAAGUGACUCAAUGCCCUCUCCUAGUUUGCGGCCCCGUUUUUUGGAUAUUUUGUGGGGGGUCGAAAAGUAAACGAAAAAAACAAAUAGAAAUAUGGAGUUGUAGGGUUUGACGAAUUUUUAAAAACGAGAAACGAAAAUUGGAUUAAAAAAAAAAAAAAAAAAAAAAAGCAGGAAUUUCUUUUUUCCAUUUUUUUUAUGACUGAUAUGGACUUAAGAGUACUAAAAAUUUUGCACAGGUUAUUCUCUUUUUUCUUCUUCUUCUUCUCCUUCUUGUUCUUUGCUGUUGUUUUUUUUUUGCUGUUUUUUUUUCCCUUCGUCUUCUUUGCUGUGUUUUUUCCUUCUUAUUUUUCUUCUUCUUCUUCCUUGUUGUUUCUUUUUUCCCCUUCUCUUCUUCUUCUUCUUCUUCUUCUUCUUCUUCUUCUUCUUCUUCUUCUUCUUCUUCCUCCUCUUCUUCGGGCAAUUCGGCCGCCAUGGUCAGACACAGACACAGACACAGACAGAGAGAGAGAGAGAGAGAGAGAGAGAGAGAGAGAGAGAGAGAGAGAGAGAGAGAGAACAGGUAAGUCGCCAACCUGGGGGCUGGCCUGAUGGUACUUCCAUCUAUAGGAUGAGCAAAAUCAAAUGAAUCCACCGCU